AUCUUCUCUGUCAAUAGUAAGUGCCUCCAUUCCCUCGAUGCCUGCACUGUCUACAGCAAAUGGUGGGGGCGAGGAAGGUGUGUUCAAUGUCCUUCUUACAGGGUUUGGUCCUUUCCAGAAUCACACAGCGGAGAAUCCAUCCUGGCUCGCAGUCAAGCCUCUACACAAUGUAGUUAUCCCUCUCGAUUCCGACCCAGUCGUUAUCGACGGUCAAGUAGUGAUGCGUACCCCAACAACAUCCUCGAAACACUGGCUAGUCAAGAUAUCCGCAUUGGAAAUCCCAGUGGAAUAUGAAGCCGUCAUGGACACGGUGCCUAAACUGCAUCUUAGACCACCGGUCCUUCCUGAUGAGGUCAAAGAUGACUUCUACCCUUUACCUCCGGAUAAGGGAUACGACUUUAUCUUUCAUGUCGGAGUUGCUGGAAGGGGGCCGUUGAGGAUGGAGAAGCUCGGACAUAAAUUGGGAUAUUACAUGAAAGAUGCAGCGGGCAAGCUGGCUCCGAUUGUCAAAGGACCGCCGUCAGAAUUUGGGAGGAGAGGGAUUGAAGACACCGAUGUGUCGGUAGGCGAGCAGCCACUCCAAGUUGGAGAGAGGCUGGGUCUGGGGUUUGAAAUGGAGAAUGCAGGUGAUAGUUAUAGUGCACGACCAAGUCGUGGAUUUGGAGUUGGAUACGAAAAGUUUUCAGACGAAAUUUACACGGACAUCGAUGUUUCAAGGCUAGUCUAUGACCUCAGAAAUUCUGGUAUCGAGCAAAUAUAUUCUUCAAUGGAUGCGGGCCACUAUAUCUGCGAUUUCACAUACUACUGUUCACUUGCUGAAUCAAAACGUAAUGGGAAGCCGUACGAAAAAGACCGGAAUACACAGGUGUUAUUUGUUCACUGUCCCCCUGUUGGCCAGCCGUUGACCACAGAAGAGGUUACUGAAGCAAUACGACGCAUUGUAUUUUGGGUGUGCUCAGAACUCGCAGAGAUUCAUGACAUGGCUGUAUGAUUUUGGUUGGAUUUUUUAUUGGUUGUACAAAUAUUGGCUGUGACGUAGGUGUAACGAUAGUACAUACGUCAUAAGAUGAUCAUCUUGUAAAUAUAAAAGCGCGAACCGCGACGCGAUUUUUGUCGUCCA